AUGUACCCAAAUUUUUAUAAUUUAAAUGAACGAAUCAAUCGUCUUCUCCCCGAUGCUCAUGUUCGUUAUCAUUGUACAAUCGAUGAUGAUGAUGAUGAUCAGCAAAUUAGUUCACCGCUUUUUCAUCCAGACAUUCUACCGAAGAUUUCAAAUCAAAUUCAGUCGCUUACAUUAAUUCAAUGUAACAAUGGACUUGGAAAAUAUCCUUUAUUACAAACAAUAUUCACUAACUUACACCUAAUGUCAAUUCAUAAUUUGUCAUCAAUAGCUAUGCAAGAUCUAUUUAUUAGUUUAAAAUACGGUCACUUCCAAGUAUCAUUUCCAAAUUUACAACGUUUAAUUCUACGAAGUGAAUCAGGUUAGUAACGAGAUAUGCAGAGCGAUGGAUAAGCGGAUACUAAAGAGAAUUUCUGAAUCCGUUCGUGUUUUUAG